UGCUCUGCUAAUUUUUUUUUAAUUUUCUCAACGAAUAAAGAAUUUUUUUUACAACUAUUUUUACUCAACAAAACAGAAAGAAAGAAACAAAAAUCAGAAUUCCUAAUAGUUAAUAAUGCCUUUUAUUAGCAUCUACUUUCCUAUUUAAUUUACCGGUAUCGAUUUUUUUUUUUUUUUUGUAUUACAGUCAAGAUGACAUUUUUUUAGUGAUUUUUGGAGAAGGUAAAUUUGGGAGGCUGAAUCUUUAAGUUAGUUGCAUCAUAGAAAUUCCGAUUAAUUACCAUAAGAUUCUAAUUAGUUUUACAGUAGGGGGUUUCUCAAAAAAGUAUUACAGAUCAAUAGGGAAUACAUGAGAGCAGUUAGGCAAGGUACAAGUGCAUGAAGAGUUUAGCAGAUAGCAAGUUCCGUGGGAGUUUUGAAAGAAAAAAGGUGCGAAAUUCGCACUUCAAUGUGGUUUCAACUGCACUUUUGUUGUGUAAGAAUUACAUUUUUUCUUAUAAGUGGCUACACAAAUCUUCCAGCUGGUCUUGUAGUUGCCUGAUUUGUUUUCAGGUUCUUUCCUGUAAAACCCAACUUGAAAGAUCACAAGAGAUUGGUACUCUGACGUUUCAAUACAUAUUCCUUGCCAACAUUUGCAUUUCGACUCUUUCUGUAGCUGAUAAUACCUAUUCUGUACCUUGAGGAAGACACACAUGAUUCUUCAAUUCUUGAAAGACUUCUGCUUUACACUCCUUGUCUAUUCAAUGUUGAUAGCAUUCCUGGUAGAUGCUUGGUUAGAAGAGGAGCUUGAUUCUCUCCAGAUUGGAGUCCAAAGACAUGGGCAGGGGAAUCAGGAAGCAGUACUUGGGGGCUGCACAAGACUUGGCGCAAAGGUGGAAGAAAGAUAGGCUUCAACCCUGGAGAAUUCGGCAACCAUGGAUCAACCUGCUCGCCUUCUGGUAUGUCUAGGGAUGCAAUUGAUCCAAGGGUCAACUGGGAGCCAGGACUACCUUACCAUCUUCCGGGUAUCAGCUGCCUUCAGUUUAGAGGAAGAUAGCUAUAUAAAUUCUUCUUCAAUGGAGAGAAUAAAUUAUGCGAGUGAAGAAUUCCAAAUGAUAUGCAGGGAACAGAAAGUUUAUUUGGCACUUUCUUGAAUUUAUGAAAUGAAAUUUUCAAUGGCUUCAUAGCAGAAGAAGUUUGGUAAAUGGAGAAGCAAGAUACUGUAUAUGGAUGAUCUUGACAAAGAUACGGCAGGUGGAGUAAUUAAGAUGCAUUGAGAUUGCUUCAUGGUACUUAUAAGGCAUGAGAGACUACCAUGUUAGACCCUAUUCUUACACAUAGUUCAAGUCACCAUUCUAUGGGGUCCAACUGCCUUUGGGUUAGAGAGAAAGGGUUCAGCACAACCCGCUUCAAAUGGGUCGAGCUUCCAGUGAUGAGAAAGGUCUGGUUGAACGUGAUAACUUGCAUGAAAUUGAAUCAGACUUCUCUUACAAGGAGGUGUGACGAGAAAGCAUCACUAGAGAGAAUUUUAUUGAAUGACUCUGGAAUGCUAUAAUCAUCUUCAGACUUCAAUGUUAUGGAAUGAUAAUAAGUUUGGCUGGGGUUACUGGAAAGGAUUAACAUGAGAAGCUCCUCAGAAACAUUGUUAGAUUGAUGGAAAAAGUUGGAGCAGAUGCUCUGCACAUUCAUGGUUUUGGAGGUUUGAAGAUCCUGUCAGUGAGUAGCAACAGAUGUGGAUAGCAUAACAAAAGAGGCAAGAAUGUUUACUUCGGAGCAAGAAUUCAAGGAAGAUUUACACUGACUCUUAAAUCAGGAAGUAAUGGUUCUCAGGGAAUCUCAACCAAUCUGGUCUUUGAAAUUUUGGAGCUUGUGCUUUAUUUUGGCUUUGGUUUCUGGGGAAAUUAAGCAUCGCAAGGACCAGGGUUUAUGGAAAGUUUGUGGAAUUUAAUGGUCUUCGUCCCAAACGGUUCAGUAUUCCUCUUAUGGGAUAGCAUUAAGGACAGACGUUGAUAUGAUUUUCGUAGAAGUAUCUGCAGUAAGAACAGAUGGUGACUCCAAUGAUGACCAUAAUUCGUACUGUGAGGACUUGAAAUCUUAACCAUGAUUUGUUUCUUGUGUGGCUGAAUUGGUAGGUAACUUAUAAAGCGAUUCAUGCCAGAUUGUGCUUUGGUGACUCUUUCUACUUGUGGUUUGGAAUAAACCAUUGAUAGAGAUAAAGAUUGUCCGUGAUUUUUUUCUUACAUAAAUGUAUUCAGUAAUACUGAUGAUAUAGUGAACGGUGAGCAUCUCUGAUGUACUUUUGCCAGCACAACCAGUAGUACAAAGCUAGUGGUUCCAAGAACUCUCAAGAGUUCAUUUGUUUAUGAAGUUAUAUCCUUGAGAUAUAGGAGAUGUUAUGGCUAGGAGAAAAGGACCAGCCAGUGGAGUUAAUCAACAAUUCUUAGCAUGUUGUGGUAUGUGGUUUUGCUUAGCCAAUUGAUUCAUGAGAUUCACAGUAUCAUUGGAGCAUUUUAGUUAAAACUUUGUGUGGAAAUGCAUGCAUACACAUGCAGCCACUUUGGUUGGAGAAAGGAUAGUUACUUUAGGGAUUUUCUAGGUGCAGUAUGUGGGACUGGUGGUUAGCAUGUUGCUCAGGUGAGUUAGAGGGAUUCUCUAAGAUGAACCGAGAAUGUGCAGUAUUAGUUUCAGUAAGGCAUGUUUUUUUAAUCUUCAUGGUCAUCAAAUAUCUCCAAACAAUUUCUUGCUGCUGAAGGGCUCAAAUUUCUAAGACCUGAAGAGCCAAACUCCCUUGGUAGGAUAACAGUUCGUUGUUUACAUUUUUCUUUUUUCUUCUUUUGCCACUGCUUUUGCAAACCCCAGCAAGGUCACCUCGCUCAAAAUGAGUGCACAGAGUGAUUGAGCAAGAAAGACAAUUUAGCUUUCUGGACUAAUUUUUCUUAUCACCCCGUCAGAAAAUUUAGGAUUUCUUGGAACUCAGUGAAUGAAUUGUGGGAGUCUAUGAGAUGGCCUUCUAAGGCAUCACAGCUAUGGGGGCCUAGACUAAGGUCCUGCUCUAGUGCCAAUUUGCAAUGAGUAAUUGAUUUUACCAGCGAUCUAGGCAGUAGUCAUUACAUGACAAGCAACCCUUGAUGAUACCUCUUCUUAGGCAAAACAAAAUUGAUGACUUAGUGCAAUCAUGUGGCCUGUAUGAUAUAUAUCAUGCAAAUCAUAUAUGCUUGCUUUUAUGGCCAUAGAAUAGUUUUAGUAGUUGCUGCUGUGGAAAUAUAUAUUUUUUCCCUGCAAGAUGCAUUUGUUAUAUCAAAUGGUUUCAAAUGGUUUUAGUGGAUGUUGUAACUUUAUGUGUGCCACCAUGGCAACCCAGUGUCUAUUUUCUAAUUACCUAAUACUUUUUCUGUGUAUAUAUGUGGGGCUCAAGAAAAGACACUGGUAGUAAGCAUCUUCAUCACACUCUGGUUUUUUUUCUUCUCUAUUUUUUUUUUUUUUUUUAAAUCUAAACCAGCAACUCCAAAGUCCACUCAUUGACCCAAGCCCAAAAUUAUCACUGCAGAUGUACAAAAUAGGAAAAUCAAAUAAGAAAAUCUAUUGGGAUUAUUAUUGGAUCUGACCGUAUCUGCUACUCUUCUCCAAAUUAGUAAACUAAAUACAGAAAAGUGGUUCAUAUAUUUUUCUUAGCCAUCUGACUUGGGUAAGAAAGUUAUGAGCUGGCUACAAUUAAUAUCUCAAAUAGACAUAAAUGGUAUUUUCUUAUACAAAUGUGAAAGUAGAACUAUUACUAGUAUGAACAGCAAGGACAACUAAUUUCGUUAAAUGCAUGAUGCAACGAAUGCGUGCAGCAAUGUAAUUAUUUUUAGAAGCACUUUAUCUAAAUUAUGUGAUUUAUUUAUUUAUUUUAUGGUCUAGUGAUAAUUUAAAUGAGGGUUGCCUGCAAAAUCUACUCAUUCCAGAAUUACAUGUUAAUUCAUUUUAGCAAAAGCUAAGUGCAUGAUACAGUGAAUUAGUUUUGCUUAUGCAAUUGUUACAUCAACAGAAUUAUUGAUUGAGGCAAGCUCUUUUUCGAUUAUUUGAUUUUCUUUACUUCUCUUUAAUUUAUGGUUUAGUGACUUUGUAACUCUGUUCCUACUAUAUGCAAUCGUUUUUGAAAGCAGAAUUGCAUGUUACAAUGUGUCUGUUUGAUUAAAUAAUUGACCAAAAAACAAUGACAAUGAAACCCUUUUGUAUUAUAUAUUUAUCAGCCACAUGGUCCUUACAUUUAAUAAUCUGCAAUGUGGUUGGUGAGUUUAUGGUCAAAUCAAAUGAGAUCGUGUCUAUUAACGGUCAUGGAUAACGAGAAACGAAUAACAGAAAACGGUUACUCCUUUUCUGCAUGGAAGAUCAUGCUAAAAUGUACUUUAUUUUAUAUGUUCACUUUAAAUAUCUUUAAUGUUAUUCUGUCAUUAUAAAGUGUAUGUCAACCAAUAAUUUGUAUUGUGAUUACUCCCUUUAUAAUCUCUAUUUUUUUAAUGUUUUUCCCCAUUACAAAAUCAAGCCUGAAACUCUUUCUUUCCACCUCUUCCUCAAAAAUAAACAAGUAAAACUCUUUCUCACCCUCCUGUUUGGCUCUCUUUUGUUAAUGAAAGCAAGAAUGGAGAGAAUGAGCAAACAAGGAAAGAAGAGGGAGAUAACUCAGGAAGAUAUAAAAUUCCUGAGCCAGCGCCAUGUGUCACUCUUCGUUCAAUUGCAUUUCUACACUCCUUGGAAUUCUAUUGCUAGGCUUCUUUAGUUUUAGGCAACCUCUGUCUCUAAAUCAUAGGUGCACAAUUCAUUUAUGUAUGUAACUUUUCCCAAUAUUUAUAUGCUAUUGUUUUCUUGAUUCUGCUAAAAAUUGCAUCGUUGUGAUGUUUUAAUCCUCUGCUGCCAAUUUUUUUAAGUAGAAUGUUGAGGCAAUAAAUAGUUUGCUCAAAAAGAAAAGAAAAAAAAAAGAUUUUGUAGUGCUUGAGUUAUGACUGUGCUCGCUUUUAGUAGCAAUUUCUUUUAAAGAGCAUAUGCUAAAGGUGGAAGCCAAUUUCUAGUCCAUGGGAUUAAAAAUGUUUGAGUUCUUAAAUGCAAACCUAAUGGCCAGAUCUGCCCUUUCUAACAUAAUUGUUACUUUACCAGUAUCAAUGCUGAUUAGGAGGUAUUGAUGUUUGAAUUCUGUUUUCUUUGUUUGAUGUGAUUGUAGUCGUUUAAUGUAUGUGAAUAAUGCAGAACUUCCUUGGAGCUUUGCUCUGAUUUAGUUGCUCUGCCAAGCCUUGUAAGAAGACAUAUUCAAGGAUGUCUCCAACAGCUGGAAAAGGUAAGAUGAUUGACAGUUUUUGGGGCUUGAACCGCAAAAGGAAAAGUCGUCCAUGUGGAAGAAGCGAAUCAAACACUUACGGGGUUGUUUCUUUAGCUUCAUGUUCAUGGGAUGCAAAUGAGAGCACCACUUCCAUUUUGCCACCACGCCCAAUAGGAGAUGAUGGGAAUUACUAUGAGUGUGUGAUCUGCGAUAAUGGUGGUGAAUUGCUUUGCUGUGACUUCUGUCCAUGCACUUAUCACCUUCAGUGCCUUAAUCCACCGCUUGAAUGUACCCCCCCUGGAAGUUGGCAUUGUCCAAACUGCUGUAACGAGGCUGAUCCUGCGACUCAAUUGCUAUGUAUUGAAAGUUCCAAAGAAAAUUUCUCAUCUAACAAUGCAAAGUGGGCCUUCUCUCAUAAUUUGUUAUCUUCAGACAUAAAGAAGAAACUAGAGUUGUCAUCAGAUCUGCCUGCACCUGUAGAGUCAGGAUCUCUUGCCCAUGAGAAUCUUCCUGCUGGUUCAUUGCAAUCAUUAUAUGAUUUAGCUGAGGCUGGGGAUCUAAUGGAAAGAACAUCCAAGAAAUAUGUUCCUACUAAAGAACAGCUGAAUGCUCUCAAUCAUGAUGGUGAUGAAAAAGGAACAGAAACUUGUACUAGAGCAAAUGAAAUAAGAGAAGGAGCGGAUACUGAUCCAAGUAAAUCAACAUGGGUUUGUGAUUCUUCUGAAAUGGUGAAAGGAGAUCGUGCAGAUAAACCUGUUAUCAAUACUUCAAGUUUGCUUGAUGCCUCAGGCAUUCAAUUUUGGUCUGAUGAAAAGGCUGACAGGCUUUCUGAAAGUGAAGAUCUUAAUGCAGUAAGUCCCCACAACAAAAAACCAAUAGAAGAGCAAGGGGAAAUGAUGGCAUGCCUAGGCCAAGCAACAAAUAAUGAUAUUUGUCCAGCAAGUGAUAAUGUGAAUCAGUGUGACAAGCUGUUGGUUCUGAGGGAUGUCAUGCUGGAAACAACAACGGGUCAUUACAAGUCCAAGCGGAAUAUUGGAGGGAGGGAAUUACAGCAGGCAUGGCUGCCUGAAUAUACAGAAGCUGGAAAAGCUCUGAAAGAAAAGGAUGCCAAGCUUCGUGCAAGACAGAAACAAAAGCUUGCUCUGAGGAACAAUAGUACCAUUCUCAGUCCAGCAACCAUUGAACAAGUGCCAGAUGCUUGGUCGGACAUGGAGCUUGAUUCCCUUUGGGUGGGAGUCCGAAGACAUGGGCAGGGAAACUGGGAAGCAAUGCUCAGGGACCCAUUGCUUUUUUUCAAGGGUAAAACUGUAGAACAUUUAACACAAAGGUGGAUGAAAGAGAGACUUCAAAUCUUCAACCUUGAAGAAUAUGGAAAUCCACAGGUCGACAGGCAUCAGGUAGCUGAAACUACCUCGCUAUCAUCCAAGGAUCAACUCUCUUCAGGGGAGGUGAAGAUAGAUGAACCAACGCUUCUUCUGGGGGGGAUUAUUUCGGAUUUCCAUUGCAAUCAGGGACUUGAAUCAAAUUCAGCCGAAGUAUUCAACCACAAACAAACAGCCUUUACGAAAAUAGGCAAAGGCUACAUGCAAAGAGACAAAGAUACCUUCAACUGAAAAACAAAUUGUCGAGUCAAUUUCCCUUUCCAUCGCAAAUAAUGUUUGAUGGUUGGAAGUCAGGAAUCAGGACAGAGAAAUUGGGUUGCUGGGACCAAAAAAAAAAAGCAUCAUAUGCCCAGUUUUUAUCUUUUUAUUUUUGGUAAAUACCAGACAGACAGUUGGCUGAAAGUUGCAUCUGAAGAAAGAUAGUCAAUAGGAUGUUACCUAGGGUAGGUAUUCAGGAUUUUCUUCAGGGUGAGCUGCUGCUUUGGUUGUUUUUUCUUGGGCUGAUUGAUUUCUUAUUCGGGAUUUUCGCCAGGGUGAGCUGCUGCUUUGGUUGUUUUUUCUUGGGCUGAUUGGUUUCUUGUAUGUUUUUUAACAUGUAUAGAGCUAGAAAAACAAAAAGGAAAGAAACAAAAACUUAUUUCUGUUUGCGGAACCUAGUAUGAUUGCUACUUCCUAGUAUGAUUUAAUACAGAUUUUACCUUUGUUUGUCCA